AUGCCUUGCUUGACAUUACCAAGUAUCAUCGAAAAGCUUCCACAAGUGAGAGUCCAAACGAAACUGAAUAUAUCUAAUAACGUACAAUUAGCAGAUCCAACAUACGGGAUUCCAGGUGGCGAGAUAGUGAGUCCGGCAGAGUCAUCGGAAAGAAGAACUUGUCACCUGAUAACCAACACCCAAUUACACGACCAAUUGGAGAGAUUCUGGAGACAAGAAGACGUAAUGGAAACACGAAUUUACUCGAAACAAGAGCAGAUAUGCGUGAAUUUCUACCAAGACACGGUCAGGCGUGAGGCGGACGGAAGAUUUAUCGUUAAGCUUCCAACGAAACCUGAAAUAGUACUCGGGCAGUCAAAGGAACUGGCAUUGAAAAGAUUACAUUCGCUAGAACGACGUCUAAAGCGACGGCCAGAAUUGCGACAACUAUAUAACGAAUUCAUGGAGGAAUACAUAGCUUCGGGCUACGCGUCAAUAUGUUCGGAAGGAGAGGACUAUGAAUCCCAUGAACACUUUCAUACCGCAUCAGCCACAAAAACGUCAACGGGAACGUCGUUAAAUGAUAAGCUGAUGGCAGGACCAAACUUGCAGAAGGAUUUGCUAGGAAUCAUCAUAAGAUUUCGCAUACAUAAAUAUGUAAUGACAGCGGACAUCGCAAAGAUGUUCCGACAGAUAUGGGUAGCGGAAGAAGAUCGUAAGUUUCAAUUGGUACUUUGGAGAGAACAUCCUGAAUCUUCGCUGCAGGUACUCAGAAUGAACACAGUUACAUAUGGAACCACUAGAGCUCCGUACCUGGCCAUGCGUUGCUUAAAGGAGAUAACUAGUGAAGCAGCCAAAAAAUUAGCUAUCAAACAACAAGAAAAAACAUCAAUUACACAAAUUAAAAAUUUAACUGCUAAGGGAGGAAAGGAAGAUCUCCUUCCAGCGACAGAGGUCCUGGAACGAGACUUCUAUAUGGACGACAGAUUAUGGGAACUAAAAUUGGAUUGGGACGACCCCUUGCCAUCAUCGUUAGAAAUUAGUUGGAAGAAGCAGUUUGAUUCACUUCAUGAAAUCAACGAAGUCGCUGUUCAACGAAAUAUAAAUCCAGAUAACGAAGCAGGAUCAAUUGAUAUCUACGGAUUCGGAGAUGCAUCAGAGAAAGCAUACGGUGCGUGCUUGUAUGCCAUUAGUUGUAAUAAGCAAGGAAAAAAAACUGCUUGUUUGAUUUGUGCAAAAGCAAGAGUAGCCCCACGGAAGGUCUUAUCAAUGCCAAGAUUGGAGCUGUGUGCUGCCCUAUUACUGGUAGAGUUGUUGAAGAUAGUCGAGGAAGCUUGUAAAAACAGCAUCGCUCGAGUCUAUCUUUGGAGUGACUCAACAGUAGUGUUAGAGUGGAUCAAAACGCCACCUAAUCAAUUAAAGGCGUUUGUAGCCAACAGAGUGGCAAGAAUCCAAGAAUUGUCAUCCGAAGAUGGUUGGAAGCAUGUUCCAUCGGCGGAUAAUCCAGCGGAUCUCCUUUCGAGGGGUAUCACAGUAGAACAGCUAAAGAAGAGCAAACUAUGGUGGGAAGGUCCCGAAUGGAUCACAUCAGAACAGCAUUGGCCUCAGCAACCAAAUAUAGCUAAGGAGGAGGCAUCAGAAAAAAUUACAGUAGCAAUGUCGGCAUCGAUCGACCCCCCGGAAGUCUUAUUCAAACAGUCUUCUUAUCUGGAGACACUGGAUAUUAAGGAACUAAAAGAGCAGCGAUCAGUAAGCAAAGCAAGUAAACUGACUAAGAUGGACCCAUUUUUGGACGAGAAAGGAAUGGUCCGAGUGGGAGGACGCCUUCGGCAUGCAGAUCUAACUCCAGAUCAGAAGCAUCAGAUCAUUUUACCAGCAAGUCAUCAUGUAGUCACAUUGAUAUUUAAACAGGAACACGAAAAACGAUUGCACUGUGGUCCAGAGCAGCUAUUAAAUUCUGUUCGGCAAAAAUAUUGGCCCUUAAAUGGAAGAAGAGAAGCAAAAAGAGUAACUCGAGGUUGCGUUAAAUGCUUUAGAUACAAACCUCGAACGCCUGAAUUAAAAAUGGCGGAUCUUCCGAAGGAUAGAGUCACGGAAUCUUGGAGACCUUUUCUCAUUUCUGGAGUGGAUUAUGCUGGUCUACUACAAAUGAGAGAGAGUAGAAGGCGAGGUAAAUUUCCAGUUGUCAAGGUGUAUGUGGCGAUAUUCGUUUGUUUUAGUACAAGGGCGGUACACUUAGAACUGGUAACGGCAUUAACUACGGAGGCCUUCAUGGCGGCCUUGAGAAGAUUUAUAACAAGAAGGGGUAUGUGUUCGCAACUGUAUUCCGAUAACGCAACUAACUUCGUGGGCGCAGCACGAGAAUUGAGAGAAAUUUACGAGUUCCUAACAAAUAAUGAAAACGAAAUCGGUGAGAAAUUAGCAAAUCAAAAAAUCGAAUGGAAGUUUAUACCUCCCAGCUCGCCACAUUUCGGAGGGCUAUGGAUGGCGGCCGUGAAGGCAUUGAAAAGACAUCUGAACACGGUGACGAGAGGGCUUAUCCAAACGUAUGAGGAGUACAACACGUUGCUAAUAGAGAUAGAAGCGGUCCUAAAUUCGAGACCCCUAACUCCUUUAUCCGCUGAUCCCAACGAUUUGCAUCUCCAAAAGGUUCGACAGCACUUCUGGAAGCGGUGGCAACGAGAGUAUCUGCAAACCUUGCAGAUGAGAAGCAAAUGGACAAGAGGACAAGAGAAAAUGGAGGCAGGCAUAAUGCUGCUUCUGAAGGACGAUAAUUUACCUCCGCUGAGAUGGAAACUGGGCAGAGUGGUGGAGAUCUUCGCGGGCAAGGACGGAAUCGUUCGGGUCGCUACAGUUCAGACCGAAAAUGGAAGGCUCCGGAGAGCUAUUCAAAAACUUUGUCCAUUACCAAUUAACGAUGUUUAA